CCCUCCCGACUCCCAAGGCUGAGAAUUGAAAACCCAAAAUCAUUCCGUUUCCUUCAAUCCUUCUUCCCUCCCUCUCGACUUUACUCGUACGGUUCCCUCGCAAGUCUCAACCUCGACCUCAGCUUUUCCGGUGACCACUCAGGUGAACUGCUAAGUCUCCUAUCCCCGCAAUCACCUUGGGCAAUAGGCCCUCCUCCACCUGGUUCCCUUCCCUCAGAAAUGCAGAGUACCCAACUUAUUGUCAGAAAUCGCAGCUGCCCCAAGCUCUCUCUUGUCAGAAACUGCAAAACCUCUCAACUCAUAUUGCAGAAAUACAGGCUCCCACCAUCUGUUCAUUGAGAUGUAGCCUACCCUUUUGGAAAAUAUGAAAAAGGGUUUUGUAUAUUUCUAAUUCAAGCUAGGGAAUGGAUGAGUCGACAAUUAACCAACCUGAGCAAGUCAUACAAUGCAGCCCUCAACCUGAGCAAGUCACACAGUGCAGCCCUCAAUCUGAGCAAAUCAUACAUUGCGACCAUGGUGUCCUUGUAGAGUAUACACCCCGGAUGGGCUUAGAGUUUGAUUCAGAGGUUGCUGCUUAUGAUUUCUACAAUGUCUAUGCUGGGAUGACCGGAUUUAGUAUAAGAAGAGAGUACGUGAAUAAGAGUAGGAAAACAGGGCAAAUAACUUCAAGGAAGUUUGUAUGUUGUAAAGAGGGUUUUCGGGGUAAAGAUAAACGUGAUGAUCUGACGAAGAAUCCUCGAGCAGAGACAAGAACUGGUUGUGGUGCACAUUUGAUUAUUACACUAAAGAAAGGGAGCAAUAAAUAUCAGGUUUCCAGCUUUGAUGCUAGUCAUAACCACCCUCUUCAUGUUUCAGCUUGUGCUCAUAUGAUGCCAUCACAAAAGAAGAUCUCUAAUCCUCAAUCUGUUGAAAUAAAAUCUGCAUAUGGAUCGAGACGUAAGCAAGCAAGUGGGAGGGAAGAUCUUGGUUUCGUGGAACAAGGUAAAAAUAAUUACCUUAAAACCAAACGACAGCGGGACUUGGAAUAUGGAGCAGCAGGUGGUUUGUUAAGGUAUUUCCAAAAUAAAGCAAAAGAAGAUGUCUCCUUUUAUUAUGCGGUGCAAUUGGACGUUGUUGAGCAAAUAGCAAAUAUUUUCUGGGCUGAUUCGAAAAUGAUUAUUGAUUAUGGAUUCUUGGGCGAUGUUGUGGGUUUCAACAUGAUGUAUGGAGCUAACAAAGAGUUUCGGCCAUUAGGAGUUUUCUUCGGGUUUAAUCACCACAAGGAGACCGUUGUUUUUGGGGCUGCACUGUUAUAUGAUGAAACCGCUGACUCCUUCCAGUGGCUGUUUGAGACUUUCUUUGAUGCGAUGUCAGGGAAGAAGCCUAAGACCAUCUUCACUGAUCAAGAUCCAAAAAUGGCAAAGGCUAUCUCAUUGGUGAUGCCAGAAUCAUACCAUGGGAUUUGUACUUGGCAUAUGAACCAAAACGCAAAAAAGAAUUUAGGUCUUCGUUUUGAUUCUAAACAUGAGUUUUGGGCCGACUUCAAUGCAUGUCUUUAUCAAUUCGAAGAGGAAGAGGAGUUCCAUAGUGCUUGGGAUGUAUUACUUGAUAAGUAUGAUCUUCGAGAGCAUCCUUGGUUGAAUGAUCUAUCAAAGAUCAAGGAGAAUUGGUCCUCCCCAUAUAUGAAGCGGAUUUAUACCGUGGGAAUGAGGAAUACACAGCUUUGUGAAAGUUUUAAUUCAGAUCUAAGGAAUUUCUUGAAAUCUGACGGCGAUUUGAUAGAGUUCUUUAAACACUUUGAAAAGAAAGUUAGUUUAAAGCGGUACAAGGAGUUGGAAUCUGAGUAUGAGUCAAGGCAAAAAUUGCCAAAAUUAAAGAUGAAAGCACCUAUGCUGAUACAAGCAGGAGAUAUUUACACCCCCUUUAUAUUUGAGGAGUUUCAAAAGGAGUAUGAAGAGUACCAAGGAGCUUUCAUUUUAGAGCGCAGUGAGGGUGGGUCCACACGUGAGUACUUGGUUGCAAUUUAUGGUCAAAAUGAGGUGCGUAAAGUUAUAGGAAACCAUGUAGAGCAGACUGUUUCAUGCAAUUGUAGGAAAUUUGAAACAUAUGGAAUUCUCUGCAGCCAUGCUUUAAAAGUACUAGAUGUGAUGGAUAUUAAGUUGAUUCCACAUCAUUACAUCCUAAAACGUUGGACAAGAGAUGCUAGGGAUGGGACUGUGCAUGACAUCACUUCUUCUGAUGUUCAAGCAGAAGGUGACUUGAAAGUUGCAGCUCGAUAUAGGACCUUGUGCCACAAUUUGGUGAAGCUAGCAUGCCGAGCAGCUGAAUGUGAGGAAGCAUUUUUGCUUGUGGCAAACACUUCAAGUGAACUAAGCAAAAAUGUUGAAGACAUUUUAAGGAGACAAUCAAGUGCAGACCAAGAUAGUACUGGAGUUCAUGUAUCCUCCUCGUCCAUAUGCGUAAGAAAUGAACAAGACAACCAGUUGGAGAACCCAGAAAUCCGACUUAUGAAAGCAAAAGGGCUUAAGAAGAGAGAGGGUCAUAAAAGUGGGGAAUGUUCAAAAAAUUGCAUUGAGAAGCAGGCAAAGACAACGAAACUUGACUUGAUGCAACCUCCCACGACAUUAGAAAAUUUUUAUCCUUAUCCUCCAUAUGCAUUUCACUCUCAUACAGUGGGUGCUGAGAUACCUACAAGCGCAUUACAGGGUAAUGGAGUAGAACCUCAAGUUGUUGAAAGAUUCUUACAUAAUUCAAAUCCAUAAUUCAUCUGAAGGUUCUUUCCAAGCUUCAAAUAGUACUCCAUGCAUUCAGGUAUGUAUGCAAUGAGUGGUGAGGUUCUUGAGAGAAUUCUCUCUAAGAAUGGGUUUUAAGUUCAGGCAGGACCCCUCCUGUCUAUUUCCUUUUAUCAGUUUUGAUUUAUUAAUAGAUUUUUGGAGGGCUGCUCGUGGUUCUGGAGUUGUAUAUCCUGUUUCAAUGUUCAUCCUUUAAGAUUCUGGACUUGGCCAUCCUGUUUUAGUUGCAUUGCACAUGCAAUUGUAUUAAUGUCAUUAAUGAGAGAUAAAAGGAGGUAAACUUGAAGAUUACUCACCAGGGUCUAGCCAAAAACAAUUGUCCAAUGAAAUGGUUUAAGACUUUACAGGGCAUAAACUGAAGUAUGAAGGUAGUAUAAAGUUUGUCUGGAUUGCCUUCAUACUCACAGUUUGAUUGGAAGUAUGAAACUUAGUCAUGUUUGGUAUUAAAGCGGAUGGUAUCUUCUUUGGAAUUGGUUAUCGCUCUUAAAUUUACUGCAGUGGAUAGCUUUCAGUCAUAUAAAAUUAUGAUUGUUCACUUCGAAAG